AUGGCAACUACCAUAGUUGAGACAGGAACAUCAAAGCAGGAACUCUACCUGUUUAGUAGGAGAGACGAGGAAGAGAAGGACAGGUUAGACCUCGAGAGCAAUAGCAUCAAAGUUAUCAGGGAGGGACAUACCUUGGACCCAAGAAUCCCAAAGCAAAAUAUUUCCAGGAUAGCGGAUAUUGCCACGGGUACCGGAACAGAGCCCGGUGGAUAUCUUCAAUGGACCGACAAUUCAUACAGAAAUGGACGAAAGAUAAUAUAUCCGGAUGAUGAUGAUGACCCCUCAUGGAGAUCGCAAGUAGACAUGAUGUUCAAGUACUGGGGCGACGAAGGAUUUUCUCUAGAUACAACUGGAGAUGUAGAGAAAGCCCUUCAAGGUUUGCCUGUGGAAGACGUGCACGUCACUGACCACACCGAUGCAUGUUUUCGAAGGCCGGAGAUCAAUGAUGUGGUGGUAGAGUGGCAAUCGCGUGCCAAGCCACUAAUCAUAGAAAUGCUGUCAUCCAGGAAUGGAUUUAACGAGGGGGAGGCAAAGAUGGCAGCGUAUGAAUUGCGGAAGAAGAUCUUGGAGAAGGGAAAACGAGCAGCUAUUCGUGAAGAAGUCUUUCUUUCGUGA